UCCAAAAGUGAUAUCCGGUAACAAACUUCGCGCUUUGAGUUUGAGUUCGAGGGGGGAUUUGAAGAUGGAAAACUUCAUCCUGUAUGAGGAAAUUGGAACAGGACGCAAGUCAGUGGUUUAUAAGGGGAGGAGGAAAGGAAGCAUCAAUUUUGUUGCAAUUAUUUGCAGUGACAAGUCAAAAAGACAUGAAAUUACAAACCACGUACGGCUAACUCAUGACAUAAAACAUGAGAAUGUGGUAACCUUCUAUGAGUGGUAUGAAACCAGCAGCCAUCUUUGGCUUGUAGUGGAACUGUGCACAGGGGGUUCACUGGAGUCAGUCAUCACCCAGGAUGAGUGCCUGUCAGAAGAUGUAGUGAGGGAAUUUGCCAUCGAUCUGGUCAAAGGCUUGAGAUACAUCCAUGAUGCUGGUAUCGUGUUCUCUGACCUCACUCCCUCCAAGAUCUUGUUGGAUGGCCCUGGCACAUUGAAGUACUCUAACUUCUGCCUGUCUAAAGCUGAGGGGGAGAAUCUGGAGGAGUUUUUUGCUUUAGUCACAGCAGAGGAAACAGGUGGAGGGGAUGGCAAAGAAAACACAUCAAGAAGAAAUAUCAAGAACAGAAUCCAAGGGUCUCCAAUAUACUGUGCACCAGAGGUGGUCAAAGGGGGGGACCACAGUAUCAGUAGUGAUCUGUGGGCCCUGGGCUGUAUAUUCUAUGAGAUGUUUUCAGGAAAACCACCAUUCUUCUCCGAGACGUUUUCUGAGUUGAUUGAGCUGAUAUUACUUCAGGAUCCUCAAUCUCCAAGGCAAACGGGGGCUUUUUCCUGCAAGCCUACACAAGAGUUCCAAAGCCUGCUUAAAGGUUUGCUUCAGAAAGACCCUCAGAAGAGGAUAAGCUGGACUCAGUUACUGGUCCACCCAUUCUGGAGAGGAGUGUUCUCUGAGGUCCACACCAGCGAGGAGGAAGAAGAAGAAGAUGUCUCAUUUAGCUCCAGUGUGGGGAGGAGUGGUGUCUGUGCCUCUAGCCAGUCAUCAGCCGUGACACCUGUCUCAGUGACCUCCCAGGGACCAGGAGGGGGAUACAGAGGGGUACAGGGAGGGGCCGCAGGGGCAGAGGAGCCCGUCUGCAUGCACCCCAACAAAUCAUUCCGAUUAGACAACAUGACAGAGCUUAGACCAAAGAGUGCACUGGACAAAGAUACCAGAGAGUCCAUAUUCCUCCUCAGCUCUCGUCCAACUCCAAGAAUGAGUUGCACUGCAAGAGAUUCACCCAACAGGACACCAUUACCAAAAGACAGUGUGGUGGCCAGUGGUCUGAAUGACAUCAGUUACUGUAUAAAGGACCUGGUGUACACUGACUCUGACCUGGCAGUCACACCUAUUAUGGACAACCCAAAGAUUCUGAAGACCGCUCCAGUGCGAUAUGACCUGAAGACUUUGUGUGUCCGAGCAUACUCAGUGGAGAAGCUGUCCUGUCUGAGCUCUGAGGACUGGAGGCUGUUUCUGCAGCAGCUGUGCUCUUCUCUGGAGGCCCAGGCUGAUAAGACCACGGCGGCGGUCCGCUCCAAACUCAACCUCCUCUGCUAUCUGUGUACCAUAGCUGCCCACAAGGACACAGCUACCAGGCUCAUCAACUCCGAGCUGUUCCCUGUGUUGACCCAGCAGCUGCGUCUAGCACCUAACUGGGACGUGUGAGUUCCUUUAGCUUCCACCUGUCCGAGCCCAUACAUACAUACAACCAUUCUCUGCAUUCUCCAUGCGCCAGUGCAUGGAAAUCAUGUCUAGCAUAUACUGUAGCCUACUGCACUUUACAAUGAUCUGGUGC